GAUCCAUUCUGAUCCUCCUUUGGGGUGGGAGCAGGACAGAGCUCCAAAUCUUGCUUGUCUUUAAGACCCCAGGAAAGAAGCCAAGGCUCUGGGGGAAACUGCACAGUAUUACUUGGGGUAGGGAGGAACUGAAGUUCAAGCAGAAACUGCCCCUCGCAGACCUGAUGGCUGUUUGCACAUCUUCCCCUCAGGCGAGAAAUGAUGCCGCUGCUGUCCCUGCUCUUCUCUGCGCUCUUCAUCCUCUUUGGCACUGUUAUUGUUCAGGCUUUCAGCGAUUCCAGCGACACAAGGGACAGUCCUCCCUCAGAGAAAGAAGAAACCGCAGCAAAGACUGAGAAGAACGACGCGAACUUCGGCAAAGAGAGCAACAGCAGGAUUCCCAAAAAGGGCUUUGUGGAGGUGACGGAGCUGACGGACAUCAACUACAAGAGUAACUUGGUUCGCCUCAGGCCGGGUCACAUGAAUGUGGUCUUGAUCCUGUCCAACUCAACCAAAACUGCCCUCCUUCAGAAGUUUGCCCUGGAGGUCUACACGUUCACAGGGUAGGCUGGGGCCCUUGCCCAGG